AUGGACUCUGCGUAUCCCCAGGCCGUCCCGUAUCAGGCUGCUGCUGGCCAUGAAGUCCCUCAGGAUGAUGCCAGCUUCAUGCAGUCACGCGACACUUUUGACGGAAGUGCCCCAAUCUACCAGUGGAAUGACGAGUAUGGUGAUGUUGGGCCCAAGAUCGACAGCCUCGAGCUGGAGCUUUUUGGCGACCCCAAGACUCGUCACGAAAGGACCGGCCUUGACUUUCGACGCAUCGAGGUCAAGCAAGAAGGCCCCGUUCAAAUUGUUCCCAUUCGAUCGUUCGAUGAUGCCGGCCUGCAUCCUGUCAUGCUGGACAACGUCAAGUUGGCAGGCUACGACCAUCCGACGCCCAUUCAAAAGUACACUAUCCCUGCCAUUGUCCAAGGUCGGGAUGUGAUUGGCAUUGCCCAAACUGGCUCCGGAAAAACUGCCGCUUAUUUGAUUCCCAUUCUGAGUCGUCUCAUGGGAAAAGUCAAGAAGCUUGCCGCUCCUCGUCCCAAUCCUGCCACAUUUUGUGAAGGCAGAGAUGAGGUGACUGCUGAGCCUCUGGUCCUCGUCAUCUCACCCACGCGCGAGCUUGCUGUCCAGAUCUUCAAUGAGGCUCGCAAGUUUUGUUACCGCACCAUGCUGCGCCCUGGUGUCGUUUACGGCGGCACCCCCGUUGCCGACCAAAUCCACCUGCUCAACCGCGGGUGUGAUGUGCUCAUUGGAACUCCUGGCAGGCUUGUCAGCUUUAUUAACAAGCCUCGCGUUCUGACGCUUCGCCGUCUCAAAUAUCUCAUCAUCGACGAGGCAGAUGAGAUGUUGGACAUUGGUUGGCAGGAGGACAUUCAACGGAUCAUGCUUGGCGGAGACCAGGACGAGGGCAAUGUCAAGUAUGGUCUGUUUUCGGCGACAUUUCCCAAGCAAGCCCGCGACUUGGCCAAGGAGCAUCUCGCCGCGGCACAUGUCCGAUUCCGUGUCGGUCGUGCGGGAAGCACAACGGAGAACAUCAAGCAGAUCAUUGUCAAGGCUGAGCCACACGAGAAGCGAAACAUUCUGCUCCAGCUUCUCAAUGAGAUACAUGGUGUCCGCACGAUUAUUUUCGCGAACAGUCGACAGGAGGUCGACUGUCUUGAUGACUUUCUCUUUAACAUGAAGCUCCCUGUGACGUCCAUUCAUAGCGACCGCACACAAUUGGAGCGUGAGGCCGCCAUGCGCUCGUUCCGCGCAGGAACUGCGCCGAUUCUGAUCGCUACUGGAGUCACUGCUCGGGGUAUCGACGUGCGCAAUGUCAUGCACGUAAUCAACUUUGACUUGCCCUCCAUGGAUCACGGUGGUAUUGAAGAAUAUACCCAUCGCAUCGGACGCACUGGCCGCAUCGGCCACCGAGGGGUGGCCACCUCUCUCUUCACAGAAAGAGAUGAGGCAAUUGCGAGCGUGUUGACUCGCACUCUCCUGGAGACCAACCAAGAGAUUCCCGAGUUUUUGGAGGAGUACAAGCCCGAGAUUGCGCCUGGAACGGCGAUCCGGUUUGAAACGGAGUCGGAUUUCGACCCAGAUGAGAUGCACACUGUUGGUCAAGACGCUGACCAGUCUGGCGAUGCCCAGCCAACCCCUGUUUCCAAUGACUGGGCAUAUCCGGCCGCUCCCACCCCCCAGACUGUUGCACCUGCUCCAGCUUCCAAUGGCUGGGAAUCUACUCAAGCCGCUCCCACCCCGCAACACGCUGCUCCAGGUGGCUGGAACUCUGGCACAUCGGCUGCACCUUUGGUUGCACCUCCUGCCCCCCAGGCUGUUGCACCUGGUCCAGCCUCCAAUGGCUGGGGAUCUACUCAAGCCGCUCCCACCCCUCAACACGCUGCUCCGGGUGGCUGGAACUCUGGCACAUCGGCUGCACCUCCUGUCCAGCAGCAGGUUGCCGCUCCGGCCUGGAAUAGUCCGCCUCCAGCAGGCCCAGCACCGCAGGCUUGGGGAACUGUUACCACUGUGCCCAAUUGGUAG